CCUUUAGUAGUCGUAAUCGAAACGCCAAAUCAUUACCGUUCAACUGAAAUCCAACAGCUCUCCUUCUCUCUUAUUACAAUGGAGAAAGGCGCUAGAUUUGAGGGAGACAAUACGAAAAAGAAGAAGACAGUUGGUGAUGGAUUUGUCGGCGGUUUUUUCCCUGUCUCUACCACCAAGAUCGCGUGGAAAUCAAGAAAAAGAUCAACAUCAGUGAACUCAGACAAAGCACCGGGAGAUGCUAUGGAGGUCACACCAGAGAAGGAUGAGUCAACAACAACAACAACAGCAAUGGAAACCGAUAAAGCUGGGGAAACAAUGACCACCACAACCCCUCCUGUUCUGUCCGAGAAAAGAAAAGCUCUGUUUGAGCCGCUCGAACCCAUCACAAACUUGAACGGAAAACGACCAACAACAGAUGCUGAUUCCCUCUUGCCACCGCCAGAUUUCGAGUCUGCAAACUACCCGAAAGGCUGGUUGAUCGGUAAGAAGAGGAAGCUGGUGAAUGUUGAUGUGGUUGAGAGCAUGCGAAGAAUCGCUGUCCAAGAAAUGAACAGAAAGGAUCGAGAGAUAGAUGGGUUAAACGAGCAGCUAGAAGAAGACUCGCGCUGCUUAGAGCAUCUGCAACUCCAGCUGCUAAAAGAGAGAAGCAAGAGAACGGAGAUUGAAAGAGAGAACACAAUGCUGAAAGAGCAAGUUGAUAUGCUUGUCAACAUGAUUCACCAAGAAGACGAAGAAGAAGAAGUACCAGAAGAACCCUAGCUAAUAGCUCUGUUCUGUUUGUUUAUUCAUUUGUCCAUAAAACGUAAGGGAGAAAGAAGCUUUACUACCAUCUAUUUAUCUGGUUAAGCUACUGUUGUGUCCUCCUGUUAGAACAAAUAAUAAUCAACUACAUUAUAUUUUGAA